UCACACAUUUCAGACAUUAGCGUUCUCUCUACAGAUGCUAUGUGUCAAAUGCACAUACGUUGGAUGUAUUGCUAUCUGAGGCCCAAGCAGGUAAUAUGGGUGGUGUAUAUGUGCUGGAACAGUUAUGUCAAAUGUCAUGUGGUGUGAACUUGAUGGCGUGGAUUUAGGGGACAUUUCUCAAUGGCAUUACAAUCCUACUCAGCAUUAAUAACAAUAGCUUUGGUCCUACAUACAUUCCUCAGCACUGUCUCACACACCCACACACUCUCCAUUGUUCUGCCCUUUUCCUUUUCACAUCGGGAUAUGGCUGUAGGGAUGGUGGUUUUCUCCAGGCCUACCCCCUCUCUGAUCACAUCUCCCAUCCCAGAUAUGCCCUUCUCACAUACACACACACACACACACGCACGCGGACACACAUGCACAUAUGCCCAAGGCAUGUACCAAAUUGCGUCUUUGGCAGAGCUUCAGGAAGCAAGGCAGUGUUCCCUGAGCUCACAUGUCAUUGGCCACUGCUGGUCAUGUGACCAAAGGAAAGACAUUGUGGAAACAAGAGUUUGAGAGUCUUCCUCCCAUCUCAGCUUAGGAGACAGUGAGUGUGUGUUUGUGUGUGUGUGGGGAGGGGGGGUUAGAACAAGGCUUGUCAUCUGAGUCAGGUGGUGUGAUGAAACUUGUGUGUUUGUUCAACUGUGGUGAGUUGAGGGGAGGAGGCAGGCGGGUGGGGAGCUGAUUUGGCUUCCAGUGAGGGCAUGUUAGAGGCAGGAAUUCACAAGGAGUGCUCACACAAAACAACUCAUCAGGCCGAGAGAGAGGAAGACUUGUAAGUUAGCGAGGACUUGGUUGUUAUGUUAUGGAGGUUGUGGGCAGCAGUAUGACCGCUAUGGAUGAUGUGAACAGUGCUGUAAAUAUGGACAGUGUGUCUGCCUCAGCACACUGUGGAGGUGCACACCCAGCAAGUGCUGCAGGGAAUGAGGAGACAGUGAACAACAAUCUGGACAAUGUGGACAAUGCUAGUGCAACAGAAACUGCCAGAGAUGAGGAUAUUAUUGGUGACGUGGUUAGUGGAAAAAUUAAACGCCCUACGAGUGCAGCCAUCUCUGACAGUGUGGACAAUGUGGAGGACGAUGCACAGAGUGCUGACACUGUCGGUACUCAGGAUAGUGCGGACAGUGCUGAUGUUACAGACGGCAGGAGCAUGGAAUUUGAUGACACUGUGGACAGUAUGGAUCAAAGUGCCAAGGGUGAUAGCAACGACUGCGAAAGUGACGGCGACAGUGCCAGUGAGAGUACUUGUCUGGAGGCCAUGACACCUGACGGACAUGACUACUACCUGAGGCUGGGUGAUACCCCUAAACGACGCUCUGCCCUGCGUCUCUCCCGCAUCAUUGCCCGCCAGCAGCUGCUCCGGAGGCUGGCACAAGAGAUUGAGGCAAAGGAGGCUUGUGAUUGGCUUAGAGCUGCGGGAUUCCCACAGUACGCCCAGCUCUAUGAAGAUUCCCAGUUUCCAAUUGAUAUUUCCUCAGUAAAAAGGGACCAUGACUUCUUGGACCGGGAUCUGGUGGAGCCUCUGUGUCGGCGUCUAAAUACUCUGAACAAGUGUGCCUCCAUGAAACUGGAUGUCAGCCACCCCAAGAAGAAAGGUGAUGACUCUGACGAAGAUGAUCCGCUGGCUAUCAGUAAGCGGUGGACGUUCGAGUGGAGUAGCCGACGUUGGUCUCGUCUGCAAGACUUCCUAUUGGACAGCACCAACGAAAGCAGCCCAACAGGUCAGGGGGAGGGUCUGCGCAGCACAGUGAGCAGUGAGAGCGUGCUGACAGACCUGAGCGAGCAGGAGAUCACAGAAAUCUCCUCGCUGCACAGUGAGGACUCCGCCUCCGCCAUGCCUGACUCUAUAUCUAUGGCGUCCCUCUCUGCUUCCUACCAACCACCUAGGGAACUUCCACACUACAACUCCCUGCCAAUCAAGAGCAGCCGCCAUGGGCAAGGAGGGCGGAGCAAAGCCAAAGAGUUUUUGCGUCGAAUGGAAAUAAUGCGCACGUGGGGGCCGUCGACGAGGCGGAAAAGCUCUAAUCGGAGGCCACCGCUUGUCAUCAGUGGGCCUGUGUUACAGGGGGAGGAGCCUCAGGCACUGCAGAUGCUCCAGUGUACUCCCAUCAGCCAAUUAGGACACAGCCCUAAACACAACCAUGAAACUGAUGGCGACACUCCUGCUGUCACCCAUACCAAUGAUUGUGAAGACCAAUCCAUGGUGAGUGUGAGCCCCAGCAGUGAGACAGUGGCACCGAAUGUGAAGGAGCCUGUGUGUCCAAAACCCCGCACUGCCAGCAAGAGAAGCAGCAUGUACCUGGAGGACAUGGAGCUGCCUUCUCAGGGUAAGAGGACCGAAGGACAGAGCCAGUUUGGCAGAAACCAGUUUCACUCAUAUGAAAACCUCCUCAUUCACAUCCCCAAAGACCAUAAACCAGGCACCUUUCCAAAAGCUCUGUCCAUAGAAAGCCUGGCUCCUUCCCCCGGUGACAGGAGCAGUGGCCCUCAGACACAGGCCCAACCCUCUCCAGCCAACAACGGCCUGGGUGAGCCCUGGUCUGCUAAACCUCUCACCAAACCCCCCUGUCCUGGAGCUCCACGGGGCAGCAGGGUGAGUGUCUAUGACAACGUGCCGGGCUCCCACCUGUACGCCAGCACGGGAGACCUGCUGGAUAUAGAGAAAGAGGACAACCUGUUCCCUCACCUGGAUGACAUCAUCCAGCACGUCAGCGGUUUGCAACAAAUAGUGGACCACUGGAGCCGCAGUGUGCUGCCCGAGGGGGAGGGGGAGGAGGAAGGGGAGGGCAGGACCACCCCCAGCGAAGGUGAGAGAGAUGGAGUCUCCUUGAAUGACACUGAUUCGACAGGGACCAGUCGGGAAAGGCGGGACUCUGGAGUUGGAGCCUCACUGACAAGACCACGACUGCGAUGGCCCAGCUUCAGAACCUCUGAUCAUCUCAACCAGCCGGCAUGUUCAAUGCAUAUCAGUAGCCAAUCAGCAGGCCAGCUCAGCCUGCUACAGAAGUUCUCUUUGCUCCGCCUCACCGCCAUCAUGGAGAAAUACUCAAUGUCUAAUAAACAUGGCUGGACAUGGUCUGUGCCCAAGUUUAUGAAGCGCAUGAAGGUGCCAGACUACAAAGAGAAGAGUGUGUUUGGCGUUCCCCUCAUCGUCCAUGUCCAGCGCUGUGGUUUUCCGCUCCCUCUGUGUUUACAGCAGGCCCUCAGCCACCUCCGAACACACUGUCUGGACCAGGUGGGAUUGUUCCGCAAAUCUGGCGUGAAGUCUCGUAUUCAGGCUCUGAGGCAGCAGUGUGAGCUGUCCCCUGACUCUGUGAGCUACGAGGACCAGUCGGCUUACGACGUGGCAGACAUGGUCAAACAGUUCUUCAGAGACUUGCCUGAGCCUCUACUAACAAGCAAGCUGGGGGAAACUUUCCUGCAUAUUUACCAGUAUGUCCCAAAGGAGCAGAGGUUGCAGGCCGUCAGAGCGGCCAUUUUGUUGAUGCCGGAUGAAAGCAGGGAGGUUCUGCAGACAUUGCUCUACUUCCUGCGCGAUGUCACUUCCUUGGUGGAGGAGAACCAGAUGACACCGAUGAACCUGGCUGUUUGUCUGGGACCUUCGCUCUUUCACCUCAGCAUACUGAAGAACGAGACGCUGUCGCCAAGGUCAAUCCAGAGGAAAUACACCACAGGUCGUCCCGAUCAGAAAGACCUGAAUGAGAACCUGGCUGCCACUCAGGGCCUGGCGCACAUGAUCACUGAAUGCCAGCAUCUGUUUCAGAUCCCAGAGGAGAUGGUGACCCAGUCUCGCAACUCCUACAUGGAGGCUGAGCUGAUGGUGCCCCCACUGGAUGAGCUGUGCAAGGCUCACGAGGAGGAGGUGGACGAGGAGGAGGAAGAGGAGGAUGAGGAUGGAUCCUAUCAUGUACACCUAGAGAGCCUGGUCCAGAACCUGCUGAAAGAGGCCAAAGAUAAGAGCAAAGGCUGGGUGUCUCGCUCAACUACUGACCAUACAGAACUGGCAUUUAAAAAGGUAGGAGAUGGUAACCCCCUACGGCGUUGGCGAGUGUGCGUAGAGGUGUCUGCAUCUCCUGAUGAGGUCCUGCAGCGGCUGCUGAAAGAGCGCCCUCUGUGGCAGACUGAACUACAGCAGGAGAAGGUUCUGGAGACGCUGGAUAAGCAGACAGAUGUGUACCAGUACUCCUGCCGCAGCAUGGCACCUCAACCCAGCUGUGACUAUGUGGUACUAAGAUCAUGGCGUACCGACCUGUGCAAAGGCUCGUGUGCGCUGGUCUGUGUGUCCGUCGAACACGACGACAGCCCACGCAUGGGUGCAGUGAGGGGGGUUGUGCUGGAGUCACAGUACCUCCUCGAGCCCUGUGGGAUGGGGAGGACCAGGCUCACACACAUCUCCAGAGUGGACCUCAGGGGAAGAUCUCCAGAAUGGUACAACAAAGCAUUUGGCUACCUGUGUGCUAAUGAAGCCCAGAGGAUCCGCUCCUCUUUUCACCCUCUAGACCAGACGAACUCCGAGGCCAAGAUCUGAACCCCAGAAAUCAAGCUCUAUCUUCGGUCACACUGCCGGAGUAGCUGGAGGAGGAGAAUCUGGACCUUGGUGUCUUUUCAUGCUGCUGAGCCACACUGAGCUUUACUGUACCAUACUGUACUGAGUUACAGUCAUUCACACACACAGUCCUGAAUUCCAGUAAUUCUGCAUGGGCACACAAUGCUACUUAUUUAUUUUCCAAGCAAUUUUUUGUACCAUAGAACAAAGGUUGGUUUCCAAAUUUCUGAAUUUUCUUUGAUGUUUCACAUAAAUGGCUUCUAACCAUGUGCAUUAUUGGAAGGAUAAGGUUGUAUCAGUAUUUAUAGCUCUGGGUCAUUCUUUAAAUUCCUCAUUAUAAAGACGACCCAGUGAAACAGGCAGCAGUGGUUGGUUUAAACAUAAGAUGGCUGCCAUAGUGGUAGGGUCAAUGUUUAAUCUGCAACAGUAAAACUAAUUUGAUAUAACUUUAAUUGUUAUUGUUAUAGAUUACCAAACUGAAGCUUACACAUAAUUAUAAUUAAUUUAGUAGUAUGUACAAUCGAAGUUGGGAUGAAAGUUACUCAUACUUGAAGUAGAAUACCUGUAUUUGUAUUGAUUAUUUAGAGAAAUCUGUCUUAACUCUUUCAAAAGCCACAUGGUCUGCCUGGAAUUUACAGCACAUGAACUGUUCAUAACAAUUUCUCUUCUCAGAUGUUUUACUGAAUAGACCUGAAAAACAGAAUAUAUUCCCCCCGAUCUGAUUUAAUUAUUGUAAAUUGUACAUCUUAUCCACAAUCUUAUUCACCCUGACCUACAUCAACUUUUUUACCUUCACAUAUUCAUAUUUAUAAUAUGCACUUGAUUACAGAUACUGUAAAGAUGCAAAAACAUAUGUGCUCUGAAAAUCCCUGUCUAUUGGAAAUGACCAAGACCAGUACAAUAUGGGUACAUGACAGCACCACAUUGUGAAAAGUGCACUAGAUUCAGGAAAAAGAAUUACACGAGGGAUUUGGAUUAUAGAAAGGGGAAACACUCAUCGGGGCCAUAAAUGUGCUUUAACCCUGUUAUAGAUACAUUGUGUUGGAUAUCACUGUUGAUUUAGUUCUCUGUCACUAUUUUCAGUGUUAAUCUUAUCUAAAUGAAAUGUUAUUUUAAAGUUAUUAUUGUCAUUAUAUCUCGGUAUAUGGUAUCAUUGUUGCUUUUUUUUCUCGCUCUCAUGUUAUACAAUGUCUAAGACAUGUGACCAUUUCACUGCUUCUGGGAAGCUUGUUUGAAAUUUUGCAUGUGUGGGUGUGUGCAUGGAUGUACCUGUGUAUCUGCAUUUUAGAUAUACGUACAGCCUGUAUUGUAAAUAUAUAUAUAGAUAUAUAUAUAUACACAACGCUUUCUGUGCCAGCAGAUCAAACUUCAUAGCUUUUCAGGGUCUUCCUAUCAUAUUGAUGUGCUGAAAUGUGAACUUUCCACACAGCAUCCCUACCAAAAGCAAUAGCAAACUAAAGCUUGCUCUGCCAUGGCACUGCCUUGGCUUUUUUUGUUUCAGCUGUAGGCAGUGUUGCUAUGGUGUUGCUAUGAUACAGUAUCUCUACAGUGCCACCAAAAUCCUGUGCGGAUGCUGUUUGCUGGAGAACAGUGUGGCAUGUGUGUGUGUGUGUUUGUGUAAAUAUGUGUGUAUGAGAAAGAUAAAAAAGACUGAAGAGUGAGUGACUUUGACAUGAGCCCUCGGCUGUGUGUGGAGAGGCUCCAAAAUCAAGCUGAGUAGUUGAUUUAUGCGUGGGUUAUUUCUGACAAAGUGACAGAAAAUAGAACCAUUGUUUCUAAACAAGAGAAUAAAAAACUUAAGAAUAUAACCAAAACA